AUGAGGGUGGCAGUGGGCAUGCUCUGGCUCCUGGCCCUCUGGGGGCACCCCCCAGCCCACGGCUCCUGCCCCUCUCAAUGCAGCUGCAGCCUCCACAUCCUGGGUGAUGGCAGCAAGGCCAGGACUGUGGUGUGCAGCGACCCCGACAUGACCCUGCCCCCCGCGUCCGUCCCUCCGGACACCUCCAGACUGCGCCUGGAGCGGACGGCCAUUCGCAAGGUGCCCGGAGAGGCCUUCAGGCCGCUGGGCCGCCUGGAGCAGCUGUGGCUGCCCUACAACGCCCUCAGCGAGCUGAGCGGCCUCAUGCUGAGGGGCCUGCGCCGCCUUCGCGAGCUGCGCCUGCCCGGGAACCGCUUGGCCGCCUUCCCCUGGGCGGCGCUCAGGGACGCCCCCCAGCUGCGGCUGCUGGACCUGCAGGCCAACCGCCUUUCGGCCGUGCCGCCCGAGGCCGCGCGCUUCCUGGGGAACCUCACCUUCCUCGACCUCUCCAGCAACCAGCUGCUGAGGCUCCCGCAGGAGCUGCUGGCCACCUGGGCUCACCUGCAGAACGGGCCCUUCCUUCCCGGCCACCACACCAGGCUGGUGCUAGGGCUGCAGGACAACGCCUGGGUAUGUGACUGCCGCCUCUAUGACCUAGCCCGUUUCCUGGAAGGCUGGGCCCCAAACCUGGCUUUCAUAGAGGCCAGGCUGAAGUGUGCCAGCCCGCGCAGCCUGGCCGGAGUGGCCCUCAGCCAGCUGGAACUGAGGAAGUGCCAGAGUCCGGAGAUCCGUCCAGGGGUAGCCAGCCUCAGGUCCCCUCUGGGCAGUGCAGUAUUGCUACGUUGUGGGGCCACCGGGGUCCCUGGGCCAGAGAUGAGCUGGAGGAGAGCCAACGGGUAUCCGCUCAACGGCACAGUGCACCAGGAAGUUGCCAGCGAUGGCACGAGUUGGACGCUGCUGGGCCUGCCUGCUGUGUCCCACCUUGACUCAGGAGACUACAUCUGCCAGGCCAAGAACUUCCUGGGAGUCUAUGAGACUGUCAUCUCCCUGGCCGUCACUGAGCCCCAGGCUUCCACAGAACACGGUGGGAGCCCAGGGUCACUGUGGGCAAGGACAGGUGAGGGGGUGGAAGCUGCCGCGUACAACAAGAUGCUGGCCAGGCAUGUCCCUGACAUUCCUGGACCUGCUGUCCUGGCCACUGGGCCCCCUGUGUCCAACAUGAAGGAGGAGCUGACCCUCCAGCACUUCCAGAUGGGGAUCCCAGGAGAACGCUCGAACGGGCAGGCAGGACGCCAGGAGACCCAGAUGGUGAGGUCUCUCAAGGUGGUGGGAGACACUUACCAGAGUGUGACCUUGGUGUGGAAGGCCCCCCAGGCUGGGAGCAUAACUACCUUCAGUGUCCUCUAUGCUGUCUUUGGGCAGCGCAGCAUGCGGAGGGUGGUUGUGCCGCCUGGAAAGACCAGCAUCACCAUCCGUGGGCUGGUGCCCAAGACCAAGUACGUGGCGUGUGUCUGUGUGCGGGACCUGGUGCCCCAGAAGGAGCAGUGUGUCAUCUUCUCCACGGACGAGGUGGUAGACGCCGAGGCCACCCAGCGGCUCAUCAAUGUGGUGGUGAUCAGCGUGGCUGUUGUCAUCGCCCUGCCCCUCACCCUGCUUGUCUGCUGUGGUGCUCUGCGAAGGCGCUGCCGGAAGUGCCGUUCUGGGGGCUCCGCCGAGGCCUACGUCAACCUGGAGAGGCUGGGCCACAGCGAGGAUGGCUCUGAGGAGCUGUCCCAGCACAGCCUCAGUGAGGCCGACAGGCUCCUCUCGGCCCGUUCCAGCCUGGACUCUCAGGUCUUGGUGGGCAGGGGGAGCAGACGGAUCAAUGAGUACUUCUGCUGA